CUCGCCCGCUCUCCGCUCCGCUCCGCCGAAACCGCUGUCAGUGGCCGGAGAAACGUGCCCGCGUCGCGUUGUCGCGUGCCGUACGGAGCGCUCUCUCGCUGGCGCUGGCCCUCACCUCACACCUCUGAGUCACACCACCCACCCGCCCGCCCCGUCUCGUUUGUAGGUUAGCCGCGCCACCGCGAACCCCGGAAGACAAGAUGAACAGUGGAUACCUUGAAGGGGGGGCCACCCCCAACUACUCGUACGUUUUCAACUUCGAAGAGGAGUUUGUCCAUCAAGAUACACGCGUGUGGAUGUCCAAGAACUGGACGUAUGGCUUCUACUACGUUGGGAUCUACAUGGUGCUCAUUUUCGGCGGCCAGUGGUACAUGCAGAGCCGACCGCGCUUCCAACUGACGGGCGUCCUUGCUGUAUGGAACACGGCGCUUGCCCUUUUCAGCAUAUGUGGCGCCACCCGCACAGCCCCCGAGCUGUUCCACGUCCUGAGAAACUACGGCCCGUACCACUCCAUCUGUGUACCCAGUUUCAUUGAGCAAGACCGUGUGUCUGGAUUCUGGACAUGGAUGUUUGUUCUGUCCAAACUCCCAGAAUUGGGCGACACAGUGUUUAUCGUCCUACGUAAGCAACCACUCAUCUUCCUCCAUUGGUACCAUCACAUCACAGUCUUAUUGUACUCAUGGUACUCCUACACUGAAUAUACAUCAUCGGCCCGUUGGUUCAUUGUUAUGAACUACUGUGUGCACUCUGUUAUGUACUCCUACUAUGCUCUGCGGUCUAUGAAGUACUUUCCUCCCCGCUGGUUUGCUAUGAUAAUUACAACUCUCCAGCUCAGCCAGAUGAUAGUUGGUUGUUGUGUUAACAUUUGGGCAUAUCAGUAUUUGAAGGCUGGUCAAGCAUGUCAUAAUUCUGUCUUUAAUAUUAAGCUUUCUAUUGCUAUGUACUUUAGUUACUUUGUGUUGUUUGCAAGGUUCUUCCAGAAGACUUAUUUGACCAGUGACAAAAAAUCAAAGGGAACUGAACGUAUCACAACCAAUGGUGUAACUCCAUCAUUGAAAGAAAAAUCACAUUAAGUUUCAAAAUUCAAAAGAUUUUUUUCAUUUAAUUCUUUUUUUUUUAAAUUGGACUAGGACAGGCUGGUUCUGUAAAGCCUCAAGAGUGAGUGAUGCAUCUAGCAUCAAGCAAACAAUCUAGUCACCACAGCUCAUUGAAACAACUACAAAUAGGGUGUAUAGGUUUACUAUGCUUAACAUCCAAUGUCUUUUUGUCCAAGGCUAUGAACUCAUUUCCUUCCUCACUUUAAACUGUCAGGUUCUGUUUGGCGGUCUAAAGAGUAACCCUGAAGUGGAGCUGUGGCUAGAAAGUGUCAGUGAGAUUUGGGAUGUAAAAUUACAUUAGCUUAAUAGAAAUAUUUUUUUCUGCCUGAAGCUUAAUUUUAGAUUUUGUAAGGUAUUUAUGGCUUAGGUCUCAGUAUGGAUUAAAGUACCUCUGUAACGGUACUGAAGAGGAGGUGUUUGCACCAAAAAGAUGUAGUGAUUAAUUGGUAGAUUUUUUUUUUCUUAAUCUAGAAGUCUGUAAUUUGUGUGCUUCACAUCCAAGGUAGCUUCUCGGUUUUGUUACUGUUAAUUUUCUGAAGGUUUUUCUUGAACCCCUCCGCUCCCCAGCCAGCCCCCACCCCCUAGCCCCUCCACCUUUCCAAGUACUAUCUUGCUAAGAUAUGUCUGCAUUUCUUGCCAAUAUCAUUGAAGGCUGUUAUGCAUUUGGUAGGUUAUUUUAAUACUUUCCUGCUUCCUUCAUGUGUACUAAAACUAUGGCAACCUCCAUUGGGGAAAAGAUAAUGUUUGUCUCAAAGUUUUGUACGAGUGUUAAUCAGGCUUUUUGACCAUUCUUGGGUUUGUUUCUGUUGGAAAAAAAAUGCACAAAAUUUUGCCAAUUUAAUGUCAAUUUACAUGACAAGUACUCUUCCUGAUCUACCCUAUUAUGCAUGGAUAUCAGGAUAUAAGUAAAGUACACUGCAUGACAAAGUUUUGUUGUUUUACUUAGGAUUUGUAUUUUAACAUUGACAUUGUUAAAGUGAAAUGAGUAGUCGGAUGAUGAAAAUCCCAGUCUUUUUCUUAAAGUGCACUUCAUCUCAGUUGAUUACUGUUCAAUCAUAAUUUUUGCAUUUAUUUGGCAUUCCAUGUGAAUCUCUUACCCUUAUUUGAAAUCUUAUGUUAGCCAAAGUCCAAGGCACUUUAUUUUAUCUUGUUUUGUGUUUUAGGUACAGGAAAAAAUAGUACUGUGCUGUCAUUAUUUAUUUUUUUAUUUUAAAAUUUCAAUUUUGAGCAAUACAUACAUUUGAGUUUUAGAAGAAGUUGACGUAGAGAGCACAUUUGUACUCAUGUGUGUACAAAUAGUAGGAAGCAACAGAGCUAGCAUCUACAAACUACUUCCCCCAAAAUCACUCUUCUAAAGAUUGUGAUCUUCCUUUCUCUGCUUAAUUACUUAAUAAUUAUAAACUGAAGACACUUUUCUCUCAGUAAUACGCAUCUUAACAUUAUAAAUUAAAAAGAAAACACAAAAUAUUUUCUGUCAUACCUGUUACCAUUGUACAGGUAUUGCUCAAAUGUAAAGCUUUGUGAUUUUCUGUAGGUCGUACUUCAGAGGUGCCUGGUUUAGAGCAUCUCUUGAGAGAUUGUGUGAUAAAUCCCUCUGUUACUGUAACCUCUGAAAAUUUUGAACUUAGAUAUUUUUGUCUAUUUCCUGAACCAGAGUUUCCCUUAAUGUCCUCCUGAACAUUAUGGGAUUUAGCUAGAAUAGAAACUGUAAUCUUAGAAAUUUAAAAAAAAGUUAAAUUUUGUUUUCAUAUUGCCUCAAACUGAUGCUUAUUGAACAUUAAGGCCUUUAAUCUUAUGUGAAGUAUUAUGUGUAAGAGCUUAAAGCUGUUGUCAUAGCUAAGCAAUUUCUUUUUCCUUUCUCUGUGAUAAAUGCUUGUACUGAGAGAUGAGGUAAUUGUACUUCUAAGUACACAGCCUUUAGGUUUCCUCAAGUUUGCCAAUGUGUUUUCAAGGGAGUCUUUAAUGCUCCCAGUUCAUAACUAAAAGUUUUUAAUGAAACACAAUUUUUUUAUGGUAAAGGAACAGUGUUUUUUGAACAAUUUUGUCGUAUUUUGCGGGUUUACAACUUUUACCAGUGGUUGUUUUUUUUUUUUACUUUACCUUUUGCCUCAUACAUUUGUUUUAGACAUAAGGGAAUAUUAGUAAUCUUCCUCAAUUCAUGUUCAAAUUAGGAAAUCUUUCAUAUGACUUAUUUAAAUGACUUUCUUACUGGUUUGGUAUGCUUGAGAAUGAUCAAUGUGUGAUGUUUUGUCAUGUUUUUUAUUCACUUGUGAAGACUAAACUGAGUCAAAUCUCUCAUCUAUUCUCCCUUGGCAUUAAGUGAAUUGAGACUAAAUUAAUAAAAUGAUCUUGUUCAAAUCUUA